GCAAUGUCUUAAUAAUGCCGAGAAUACUGUGGCAAGGAACGACAAAGAAUAAUAGAGAAAGCCAUAGCUACAGCCUAGGUACAGUGUACGGAGGAGCAUCCACGCUGAUACGUCGAGUCACAUGAUCAUACCGUGACCUGAGCAAGCGUUCAUAGAGUUCGCGCAGGAUAUCCUGUCUAUUGUCAUCCCUGUCCAGAAUCAAGCAGACGACAGUUGCUCGUCGAAGUAUCAAUAUCCGGUUGAUCACCGUCUCUAGUCGGCAGCAGGAAUCUGUUGAAGGUCAAAGUCAAAACCAACUAUUACUGCUGUACGAAGUCUCGCAUCCUCUACACGCCUUGACAGUAUCUGCAACAUUCUAUGUCUUCAAAGGUGAAGUUAUAGCAUCAUGGUUACAAUCUCAGCAGUCAGAGAAUCCAACGAGCUCAUCAAAACCGCUCUUCCUCCUGGCAUUGUGGCUGUUUUCAUCGGCGCAACCAGCGGCAUCGGCAGGGCCACUCUCCUUCGAUUCGCAAAAUAUGCUCGACAGCCCCGGAUAUACUUUGUUGGUCGCUCAGAGGAGGCGGCUGAUAGAUUCACAGAUCAGCUUCGAGACAUGAACCCAGAUGGCGAAUACAUCUUCAUCAAAGCGGAUGUGAGUCUGCUCCAUGGAGUAGACAAAGUGUGUGAACAGAUCAAAGAGAGAGAACAGAGCAUCAGCAUCCUGUUUCAGAGUCAAGGAACCUUAGACUUUUACUCUGAAACGUCGGAGAAGCUGAGUCUCAUCCUCGCUCUCACAUACUACUCCCGCAUGCGCUUUAUUGUCAAUCUUCUCCCACUCCUUCAACUAUCUCCGUCGAUUAGCCGAGUUGUGUCUGUCAUGGCUGCAACCAAAGAAAAACAAAUGGAUCCCAAUGAUAUUCCUGGGAACAAGAUCUCUCCUUGGAGAGCUCGCGGACAUCUUGCUUCGAUGAUGACGUUGAGUAUGGAAUGCCUAGCCGACAGGGCGCAUCAAGUGAGCUUUAUUCAUGAUUACCCGGGAUUUGUGCAUACCGGACUUGCGGAUACGAUGAAAGGGCUCUUCGGGGUGAUUAUGAGGGUACUCCUUCCCAUCAUCCGCCUUUUCAUGUCAAAGGAAUAUAUACCGAUUGAAGAAAGUGGUGAACGACAUGUCUUUCUAGCGACGAGCCCGAAAUAUCCGGCUAAGGAAGAGACAGAGAGUCAAUCGCAGGAUAGCACUGCCAUGGCUGAUCGCGUGGAAACGGCGGUAGGUAGUGAUGGCCGGGUUGGGAGUGGUGUUUACACUGUGGGCGCGCUUGGUGAGAGCGCUGAUGAAACAGUGCUGAGGGUUCUGGACGACUUGAGACAGGAGGGAAUGAAAGAGAAGAUUUGGCAGAACCUACAAGACGAGUUUGAACGGAUUACGGGAAAGAUCUCCGUUUGAUGUUGACGUUGGGCUUCCUUUCCUUUUGAUGUAUGUUUUCUGCCAGCACCUUUGUCUUCUGUUCUAGCCAGCUACCAAUAAUAAUAUGUUUCUCCAGCCAUAAUCAAU